CCCGCACGGCGUCCCAGCACAUCCCGGACUGACGGACGGACGGACAGCAUGAAGUGGGAGGCGCUUGUCAUCGCGGCCGUCCUGCAGGCCCAGUUCCCAGUGACAGAGGCACAGAGCUUCGGCCUGCUGGACCCCAAGCUCUGCUACCUGCUGGAUGGGAUCCUGUUCAUCUAUGGCAUCAUCAUCACCGCCCUGUUCCUGAGAGCGAAGUUCAGCGGGAGUGCGGACGCCCCGGAGCACCUGCAGGGCCCCAACCAGGUCUACAACGAGCUCAACCUGGGGAGGAGAGAGGAGUAUGACCUUCUGGAUAAGAGACGGGGCCGAGACCCUGAGAUGGGCGGAAAGCAGAGGAGGAAGAACCCCCAGGAGGGCCUGUACAACGCGCUGCAGAGGGAGAAGAUGGCAGAGGCCUACAGCGAGAUCGGGACGAAAGGCGAUAACCAGCGUCGGAGAGGCAAGGGGCACGACGGCCUUUACCAGGGGCUCAGUACGGCCACCAAAGACACCUAUGACGCCCUCCACAUGCAGGCGCUGCCCCCUCGCUAGCAGCUGGGGACCAGCACCCACAGGGAGACCCGCAGACGCCCAGAUUGUAAAGACCCAGGAAAAACAUGCACAGCCCAGUUCGCUCCUGUCUCCCCUCCAAGUCCUCUGUCAGAACAGGUGCUUCAUGUGGUCACAUCUGGUCCCCUCCCGUCCCCAACCUCCAUUCAGCGUCACCCUGCACGUGAGGGAGUGCGUCCCGGGCCCGUCCUGGAGCCCGCCCAGUCCUCGGCUUCUGCCUGCCUGGGGCCCAGGGCCGGGCCGUGGCUCGCACCUGGGUCAGCACACUCCUCACACCAAGCUGUUCAGUCUGUUUUGUAAAGCCCCAAAGGAGCCCGGACGCCAGCACCGUCCGGCAGUCUGUGCCGUCGGCACCUGAGUGGCUUGGCUCCUGCUGUAGAUUUGGCUUCUGUUGUCCACCGUCCCCUCACUGCUCGGUAGCUCGGCACUGGGCCGAGGAAGGUCCGGGCAGAGCCCCUGCGGACGGAGGCGCAGUGGGGGGCUGGGUUGGAGCCGCGUGAAGGCUCCAGAGCCCGGAGCACAGGCCUCCCUCCGCUGGCAUCCCUUCCCAUGGGGUCUGAGUGCCAGACCCUGGGCCUGAGAGAUGGACACGCCUGUGCCUUCAAGCUCACAUCCUCACAGGGAGGCGUGUGAUGAGCAAACCGGUAUAAAGCAGUGAACCGAGGCGGGCUCCCGAGCGGGGCAAGGCCGUGGCUCCCUGGCACUUGUUCACGUCACACUGAGUUCAGGACAAACCUGCCACGUGAAGGCCUCCCAGGAAGACCCCACACCACGGGGCCUGCAGAGCCCGGAGGACAGGGGCCUGGAAGGAGCCUCUCCCGCUGGGUUUAAUCUA